AUGGAAAUAGAUGACGAUGAUGAUAUGGGUGAAAUUCAUGAUGAGGUUGAUGAUAAUCGGCUAACAUUGGAACAAGCUAUUGAAACUUUGGCUGUAGCCGAGAAACUAAUGUCACGUGAAAUCAAUAAAAUGAAAGAAGAUUGUAAAAGAUCCUUUGAAAAGAUCGAAAAUAUUAACAAUGAAUUGAAUGAUGUGGUAUAUGGUAGAAUUCCAAAAGGAGGUAUUGGUCAAGCCGAUGAUAUUGAGAGAUUGAAGGUAACCUUGCACGCUUGUUUAGUUGACACUGAUGAAUUUCAACCAAUGGAUGUUUAG